AUGGACGAAUGGACGAAUGGACGAAUGGACGAAUGGACGAAUGGACAAAUGGACAAAUGGACGAAUGGACGAAUGGACGAAUGGACGAAUGGACGAAUGGACGAAUGGACGAAUGGACGAAUGGACGAAUGGACGAAUGGACUAAUGGACGAAUGGACGAAUGGACGAAUGGACGAAUGGAUGAAUGGACGAAUGGACGAAUGGACGAAUGGACGAAUGGACGAAUGGACGAAUGGACGAAUGGACGAAUGGACGAAUGGACGAAUGGACGAAUGGACGAAUGGACGAAUGGACGAAUGGACGAAUGGACGAAUGGACGAAUGGACGAAUGGACGAAUGGACGAAUGGACGAAUGGACGAAUGGACGAAUGGACGAAUGGACGAAUGGACGAAUGGACGAAUGGACGAAUGGACAAAUGGACGAAUGGACGAAUGGACGAAUGGACGAAUGGACGAAUGGACGAAUGGACGAAUGGACGAAUGGACGAAUGGACGAAUGGACGAAUGGACGAAUGGACGAAUGGACGAAUGGACGAAUGGACGAAUGGACGAAUGGACGAAUGGACGAAUGGACGAAUGGACGAAUGGACGAAUGGACGAAUGGACGAAUGGACGAAUGGACGAAUGGACGAAUGGACGAAUGGACGAAUGGACGAAUGGACGAAUGGACGAAUGGAUGAAUGGACGAAUGGACGAAUGGACGAAUGGACGAAUGGACGAAUGGACGAAUGGACGAAUGGACGAAUGGACGAAUGGACGAAUGGACGAAUGGACGAAUGGACGAAUGGACGAAUGGACGAAUGGACGAAUGGACGAAUGGACGAAUGGACGAAUGGACGAAUGGACGAAUGGACGAAUGGACGAAUGGACGAAUGGACGAAUGGACGAAUGGACGAAUGGACGAAUGGACGAAUGGAUGAAUGGAUGAAUGGAUGA